UCCGCGCGGGCAGCGUGAGGGCGGGGUGGAUGAUUCGGCGCUCGGCUGGUCGCGCAGGCGCGGGCGGCGCGCUCGGCGCUCGGCCGGUCGCGCCUGCCGCACAAUGAAUGGCCGCUGAGCGCGGCGGCACCGGGAGCGGCUCCGGGAGCGGCCGCGGCCCCAGCGCAGCGCCCCCGGCCCCCGGCCCCGCCCGGCCCCCGCCAUGGCGCAGACGCUGCAGAUGGAGAUCCCCAACUUCGGGAACAGCAUCCUGGAGUGCCUGAACGAGCAGCGGCUGCAGGGGCUCUUCUGCGACGUCUCGGUGGUGGUGAAGGGCCACGCGUUCAAAGCGCACCGCGCCGUGCUGGCCGCCAGCAGCUCCUACUUCCGAGACCUCUUCCACAGCUCCAAGAGCGCCGUGGUGGAGCUGCCGGCCGCCGUGCAGCCCCAGAGCUUCCAGCAGAUCCUCAGCUUCUGCUACACCGGCCGCCUCAGCAUGAACGUGGGCGAUCAGUUCCUGCUCAUGUACACGGCGGGAUUCCUGCAGAUCCAGGAGAUCAUGGAGAAGGGAACGGAGUUUUUCCUCAAGGUCAGCUCUCCCAGCUGUGACUCUCAGGGGCUGCACGGGGACGACACGCCGGGCUCGGAGCCGCAGAGCCCGGUGGCGCAGACCUCGGCGGGGCCGGGCUGGGCGGCGGCGCUGCCCUUGGUGUCGCGGGUGAAGACGGAGCAGGGCGAGCCCGACGGCGUGCAGUGCACCUUCGUGGUCAAACGCCUCUGGGACGGGGCCGCCAAGGACUCCGGCGGCAACGGCAGCAGGAAAAUGGCCAAAUUCUCCGAGGCGGCGCCGCGCCCGCCCGCCGCCGCUCCCGCACCCCCAAAGCCCCCUCCCCACAGCACACAGAGCUCCAUCCCCGUGUCCCCCCCCUCCGCCGGCUCCGCGCCGGUGCCGGUGUCGGUGCCGGCCCCGGUGCCCGGCGCGGCCGCCGACCAGACCAGCCCCGGGGGAACGUCCAGUGCCUACACCAGCGACAGCCCCGGCUCGUUCCACAACGAGGAGGACGAGGAGGAGGACGCGGCGGAGGAAGGCUCGGACGAGCAGUACCGGCAGAUCUGUAACAUGUACACCAUGUACAGCAUGAUGAACGUGGGGCCUGCAGCCGCAGAGAAGGUGGAGGCCCUGCCCGAGCAGCCCCCCCCGGAGCCCCGGGCCCGCGCCCGCCUGCGCCAGGACCUGGCGUCGCUGCCGGCCGAGCUCGUCACCCAGAUCGGCAACCGCUGCCACCCCAAGCUCUACGACGAGGGAGACCCCGCCGAGAAGCUGGAGCUGGUCACCGGUACCAACGUGUACAUCACGCGGGCGCAGCUGAUGAACUGCCACGUCAGCGCGGGCACGCGGCACAAGGUGCUGCUGCGCCGCCUGCUCGCCUCCUUCUUCGACAGGAACACGCUGGCCAACAGCUGCGGGACGGGGAUUCGCUCGUCCACCAACGACCCCAGCAGGAAACCGCUGGACAGCCGGGUGCUGCACGCUGUCAAGUUUUACUGCCAGAACUUCGCUCCCAACUUCAAGGAGAGCGAGAUGAACGCCAUCGCGGCCGACAUGUGCACCAACGCGCGGCGCGUGGUGCGCAAGAGCUGGAUCCCCAAGCUGAAGCUGCUCAUGGCCGAGGGCGACUCCUACACCUCCUUCAUCAACGACACGGGCAAGCUGGAGCCCGACCUCAUGGGCCCCGAGCCCCCUUUUGAGGCUGGGGGCUCGGAGCCGGAGGGGGGGCCGGCGGGGGAGGGGCUGCAGUGAGCCCAAGCCCUGAGCACGGCCCCCCCCAAAAGUGGGGAGGGGGUUUUGCCCGGAGUUGGGGGGGGGGGUACAGAGAUGUCCUCCCCGCCCCCACGAUGCACCCAGUAGGAGUAGGGACCCCCUCCCCCCGGAGAUGGUGAGGGGGUGGGGAUCCCCCCCCUCAGGGGCAGGGACCCCCCCCCAAAGUGACCCCUCAGGGGAAGGGACCCCCCACCCUCAUGGGCAGGGAACCCCCCAAAGUGGGGAGGGGGUUCUGCCCUGAAUUGGGGGGGUGUAGCGAUGUUCCCCCCCACCCCCCCCAAAGCACCCAGUAGG